AUCAGCUCCGCCCGCCACAUUUGAUACUGCGCUUUACUCGUCGCGCUUCUGUUUGUAUGCAUACAAAACUCGAAAUAUAAACUUAACGUUAGAAUCAUUUAAACUGACGAAUUCGCUGUGACGACAUAAAUCACAUCGAGCUUUGAUAUGUUUGAUUUAUACGGUGCCAGUGUAAAGCAGAAAGCUUCAUUGACAUGAUUUAGGUGUAACAGGAUGGUUGGGGUGAGAGAAACAUUCUUUAAUAAUCUGCGUUUCUUAAUUCACGUUCACUGACGAUGCUGAUGCUACAAUGAGCGCCAAUCAGAGAACUUUAUUCGAGUCGUGGGGCCGCAGUGUGUCACACACAGAGCCGAGGAAAAACAUCUCCAACUCUGCUGGAAAAACAUCUAAGAAAAAGACUUUGAAAGAGAAAGACGGAUCCGAGCAGAGAGAGAGCAGCAGCGCUCUGUGGGGUGAGACGGUCCGGCAGGAUGAAGACAAAGACGAUGAUGAUGACCUGAUGCUGGUGGCUGUGUAUGAGGCAGAGAGAUCCCUGCUGACCUCUGACAUCACUUCCUGUCCUGUCCAGCACUCGCUGCCACAAGGCUACGACCCCUCGGCGGGGCAGAUCUGGAUCUACCCCACUAACUACCCCAUCAGAGAGUACCAGCUGAAGAUGUCAGAGGCGGCUUUGCUCCAGAACACACUGGUGUGUCUGCCCACAGGCCUGGGCAAAACCUUCAUCGCCUCAGUGCUCAUGUACAACUUCUACCGCUGGUUUCCUGCAGGAAAGAUCGUCUUCAUGGCUCCCACCAAACCUCUGGUGUCACAGCAGAUCGAGGCCUGUUUUAAAGUCAUGGGAAUCCCACAGCAUCACAUGGCCGAGCUCACAGGAACCACGGCGGCCCAGCAGCGCAGAGAACUCUGGAGAUCCAAGCGUGUGUUCUUCUUAACUCCACAGGUGAUGGUGAACGAUCUGUCCCGUAACACCUGCCCCGCCACCCACGUCAAGUGUGUGGUGAUCGACGAGGCCCACAAGGCCAUGGGAAAUCAUGCAUACUGUCAGGUGAUUCGUGAGCUGUGGAACCAAACUCAGCAGUUUCGAGUCUUAGCUCUCAGUGCAACUCCCGGAGGAGACGUCAAGGCCGUACAGCAGGUGAUCUCUAACCUGUUAAUCUCUCACAUCGAGCUGCGUUCAGACGACAGUCCUGACGUUCAGACACACAUUCACCAGCGCACCUUGGAGAAGAUUGUCGUCCCUUUAGGAGAGUCUCUCACUCAGUAUCAGAACAGAUACCUGCAGCUUUUAGAGAAGUUUGCGUCCCGUCUGACCCAGAUGAGGCUCUUGAAUCACCGUGACCUCAGCUCGCAAACAAAGUACCAGAUCAUUCUGGCCCGAGAGCAGUUCAGACGCAACCCACCACCCCACGUCAAGGCGGGGCAUCACGGGUCGCUGGAGGGAGAUUUUGCCAUCUGCAUCAGUCUGUUUCACGGUUAUGAACUCCUCCAGCAGAUGGGUCUUCGCUCUCUCUUCCUCUUCAUUCAGAACAUCAUCUCUGGAGCAAAAGAGUCGCCUCGCAUGAGGAAUGAACUUCAGAGGAAUCCCGUCUUCAUGGAUCUCUACAGGGACAUGGAGGUCACGUUCAAAAAGCCGAACACGGAUUCUAAAGAGCCGUACGUCUACAGUCACCCCAAACUUCAGAGACUGGACGAGGUUGUGUCACAGCACUUUAAAACAUCAGGCAGCGAUUCGUCAGACGGAGCAAACACGCGUGUUAUGAUAUUCUCGUCGUUCCGCGAGAGUGUGCAGGAGAUCGCUGACAUGUUGAAUCGUCAUCAGCCGCUGGUCAGGGUCAUGACGUUUAUGGGUCAAUCGUCUGCUGGGAAAGGAGUUCGAGGAUUCACACAGAAAGAGCAGCUCGAGGUUGUGCGUCGUUUCCGUGACGGGGGCUUCAACACUCUGGUGUCCACAUGUGUUGGUGAGGAGGGCCUCGACAUCGGUGAGGUCGAUCUCAUCGUGUGUUUUGACGCUCAGAAGAGUCCGAUUCGUCUGGUGCAGCGCAUGGGCCGCACGGGCCGCCGGCGACAGGGACGAAUCGUCAUCAUACUGGCCGAGGGAAGAGAGGAACGAACGUAUAACCAGAGUCAGAGCAGCCGGCGCAGUAUCAACAAGAGCAUCAUGGGAAACAAGCACAGUUUUCACAUGUUUCCUCGCAGUCCUCGAAUGCUGCCCGCCGGUGUCACCCCCACACUACACAAGAUGCACAUCAGCUGCGCCCCAUUUCAACACACAGAGGAGAAAAGACGCAAUUCUGGGAAGGGUCGCAGGUCAUCCCUCAACGCUCAGAGCGGCGGAAGUGAUGUGAAGCGUCUGAAGGAAGACGGCUGUCUCACUGCUGCCGAAGAGGCCGUGUGGAUGUCCACCAUGAGACUGGGAGAGGAUGAACCUCAGCCUGUGUUCGGACAAACAUCUCUACUGUCGUUCAGCAAGGGUCAGCCGGCACAGGAGUUGUGUGUGUCGGGUCGGGUCAGAGAGCUGUCUCUGUGGGAGUGGAGACACUGGCAGAACACACCGCAGCCCACUUACAGAGUGGAACAUUCAGAGCGAUGCCUUCACUUCACCUCCAUCAUGGAGGAGAUAGACCGCUUGAGACAAGAGGAGCAGGGUGACUGUGGUGAUGUGUUCCAGCUCAUGAUGAAAGAUGAGGAUGAAGAUGGCGGAACAACAAAACCUCCACAGAUGAGAUCAGAAUGUGAUCAGUACAUCAGGCCGUCCUCUUCCACACCUGGGACACAUCAGACCUGUAAACCUGAUGAACGUAAGAAGAUCAGAAGAUCUGUGACGGUCAUCCAGAGAAGGAGCUGUGAUGUUCCAGCGACGGUCAAUAGCAGCGACGCACAUCACAUCAUCACACAAUCUGAUGAGAAUGAACCUGAAUCCAACACGAGCUCACAUCUCACUCACAUGUUUCAUCCGUCUGACUUCAGUUCAAACACACAGCGUCACGCUCCGGCAGAAAAAACAUUUCACUUGAUUCUCACCAGCGUCAAAGAACUCCUGUCCAAAUCUCCACCGCGGGACCUGGAUGUUCUCCUCUCAAAGCUCAGCAUAGACCUGAUUGAAAACAGUCCCACUCGAGACUUUCGUCCCUUCACUGUGAAGAGAGACGGUGAGGACUCUCGAGACAUUCAGAAAUCCUCAGAGUUAGCAGGAAACCUACUUUCACCCAGUUGGGAUGAGAUGUUUGAUGAUGAUCCGGAGGAGACUGACGUUCCUUCACUGCAACAACUUCAUGAUCAGAUGGAUUUAAAUGAGAGCGUCGAGCUGUUUGAAGAUGAUGACGAGUUCCUUCGGGUGUCAAUACCUGAUGUUCGCACACCAGACGAGAAAACGUCUGAAAACACAUCAGAGCCUCAGAACGUCACUGCAGGUCAAUCAUCUCCUAAAGGUCCGCAACAAAACUCGGAGGUCUUCAACUGCUCAGACUUCUUUUCUGUCAACUUUGACCUCGGGCUGUCCUUUGACUCUGACGAAGAAGCGACUGAAGAAAAAACCAACACGUCAGCAUUAAACAAACCCAAACCUUCAAUGGUCUCACCGCCAUCUCGUCUGACAGAUGAUGUCAGGAUCAGAUGUGCUCAGACGCCGCUCAUCUGUGAGAAACGGAGUUUAGCGGCGGUGCGUCCGAGCGCCUCCACACCCAACCAUGAGUUUCCGUCCGCAUCCCACAGAAGAACAGCACACACAUCUUUAGAAAAACACACGUCUACAGAUGUGCCAAGCAGUGAUGGUGAGGAAGAGGUGUUUGUCAGGAAACCAGCACUUAAAGUCAAACCUUUAUCAUCUCCACAGGAGUCAAAGAUCUUCUCUGAUGUGGAUUCUCCUGUACAAGUGCAUAGGAAACAUGCACUGGACUUGGAGUCAAAGAUCUUCUCUGAUGUGGAUUCUCCUCUACUAGCUCGUAGGAAACACCCACUAGACUUGAUCUUCUCUGAUGAGGAUUCUCCUUUAAAAGCGCGUAGGAAACGUGCACUGGACUUGGAGUCAAAGAUCUUCUCUGAUGUGGAUUCUCCUGUACAAGCUUGCAGGAAACGUGCUGCAGCAUUAGAUGUGUCAGAGGACACGGAUGUGGACGGGGAGUCAGAUGGUGAUUUUCAUCAGGGUGUCACUCACAGACCCAGAGUUGUGCGGCCAAGUUCUGCAGGGAAUCAUCUAAUGAAAUCUUCUAGGGGACGUCAGUUCCUGGAUGAGGAGGCGGAGCUGUCAGAGGAUGACGAAGAGUUUUCAUCAGAUGAAGAUGAUGGAGAUGAACAGAAUCAUUCUCUGAACGGCUUUGUAGUGAAUGCCACGCAGUGUUCUCAGGGGCUUAACGAAUCUGAGAUGCAGGCCAUCUAUCUGAAGUCUGUGAGGAGUCCUGCAGUCCAGAAGGGCAUCAGAAUGACUUAUAAACCAAAACACAACAUAGACAUCUUCUCACAGGUGCCAGAACAGGACGAGGCGUACGCUGAAGACAGCUUUGUGCUUCACGGCAGUGAUGUGGAAGAGGCGAGCGAUGAAGAGCCGUUGGCAGUGAUUCUGGAGGACUCUUACAUAGAUGGCCGAAAACAGUACGCCACACGCCGGCGCGCUCAAAUCAAACAGAUCAGAGCGGCACACAAGACCAGUGGAGUACAAUCUGAGACCGGAAGGAGAAACAAACGCACCAGGAUCAUCCCAGUUCAGGACUCCAGUGAAGAAGAAGAGGAGACGGAGUUUAAAGUUCCUCAUUGUGCCUCCACCGUCCCUGAGAAGAAAGUGAGACAGACAGACGGACAGCUGGAGACGUUCAGUCAUUUGAUGGAGGAACAGAAUGAAACGCAGGCCGUGACGCGCCGAGCACCGGUCGCAGAUGCUCCUAUCUGUGUGUUAUUGGACAGUCGCUGUAUCAGCGGAGGGUCAGAGGUCGUGUCCUCCCUGCGGCUGAGACACGGACUGAAGGUUCACGUCUGCUCGCUGCUCAGCUCCGACUUCAUCGUGAGCAACCGUAUGGCUGUGGAGUGGAUGAGAGAGUCUGACGUCGCCAGCGCCCAAAACCGCAGACGACUGCAGGAGAGAAUCCAGAGAGUGCAGACGUUGCAUGAGCGUGUGUGUCUGAUCAUUGAGAGAGACCGAAGCAAACCCGGUGAGACGUUCAGGCCGGUCCAGCGCAGUCGCUUUUAUGAUGGUACACUGGCAGCGCUGGUGCGUGCGGGCGUGAGACUGAUGGUCAGCGGAGGUCCGGACGAAACGGCUGUCAUUCUGACUGAACUGGCUCAGGUGGAGAAGAGGAAAGGUCAGGCCAUCGCCGUAGCUCUGGAGGUCAGAGGUCACCGUCAACAGGCUCUGCAGUUCUUCCUGACGCUGCCACACGUGAGUUACAUCACCGCUCUGAACAUGUGCCACAACUUCCCCUCCGUCGGACACGUCAUCAACAGUUCUGUGGAAGAGCUGCAGGUGUUCGCCUGUGUUACUCGCUCACGAGCGCAAGAGAUUCUCCGCUGUUUGCAUUACACACACACUGACACUCACUGACACACACACACACACACACACACUGAAGCACUUUAACUAAAUUAAUGAGGAUCACAGUGUAAAUACAGUCAUGUCUGUAUUUCAGAUUAUGGAAGUUAUUUUUGUUUAUUCUGUGAAUAUUUAUGUUGAUGUGUACAGAAAGAUCUAUUUGAGCAGCACAGAUUUUGGAAAAUAAAAUUGCUCAGUUUUUAUUCAAACA